UCCGACCCCCCCCCCCCCCCCCCGAGUGUGAUGGCGAGUGCGGGCUUUGGGAUGAGACUGUCGCUGCAUCCUGAUGCAGUGCCAACUUUGUUCCCUGACACGGACAACUUCAAGGCAUUACAGCCGAAAGCCCUAAGGCCAGACGAGUUAGGAGCCCCCAAACGGAAACGUGACAACUAUGGUGCUUUUGCCAAGAGAAAUCGCAAAACGGCUCGAAGGCGCACAAGGAAUUACUGUUGGUCAUCGGAAGCAAGCGUCUUCUCUCUGACAUUCGCAUGCUGUCACCAGCUGAACAGACCUCGAUGCUGGAGGCUCAACACAAGGUGGUCUGCCAAUUUGCGCCAAAAUUUGUCUGCUUUUCAUACGCAGCAAUGAAACAGAGAUUGCAUCUGGCAGCCCUGCAUUCCGUUUCUAAUGCGCACAGGAAACAUGCAGAGAAGAAGAACGGCGAAAAGCGCUACAGGAUUUCGUAUCCAAAGUACAAAGCGGGACACCAUGUCGUGAAACCUGUCAAAGAGGCCUGCAAUUAUGAUUAUGUCACAGAGCUCAUGGUUGAAUUGCUGCAAUUAAAACAACAGUUCAAGAGCACCCGGAUUGCUAAGCAGGCAUCUUCUUCCAUUCUGUUCUCUCCACCACCAUUAGCAUCAUCUGCGAAGAAAAUUUUAAAGAAUGAAGCAGUGCAGUUGCACCGCUCUAGGUUUAAUUAAUUACAGUAAUUGGAAACAACUUGGCAUGCCAUUUGUCAUGUAUUGCUCCAGCUGGGUUUAGUGUACGUGCGUAAGGUGUCAUCCCAGAUUAGCCUGUGCCAUAUAUGUUUGUAAUUAAUUAAAAAAAUCCUCGCGCUGGAAAGAUGGGACAAAGCGUGCGCAAAAUAUCUCGUCCCAUAUUAGCCUGUGUCCCUGAUAAGACUGUGCAGACUCGACGUGAAAACAUGAUAUGCCCCAAGUUUUAUAUGACAAUGUCUACGAAUGUGCCCUUUUGACAAAUUAGAACCUAGCUGAAGCACUGAUCACGUAUUGUUUCAAAUUAACAUAGCAACUACAAUUAUUUUUUUGAAAAAUGUGAAUGUAUUAUUUUGACAAAUAUGCUGUAAUAAUAGUUUUCCCAUUGUGUGCUAUACUGUUAGUAUAAAAAUGUUAAUGUCAACACCUUUAUUUUUAAAUGUUGGGACCAUGUAGUGUUUUUUGUGUGAUAGUAUUGGUCUGUAAAAGAUGUUUUAGAAGUCAUUUUGUUAAAGGUACUUAAUAUGACUCCAUGACAAGUUGUAUUGCAACAUUGUGCUAGUAAAGCUCAUUUACUUAUUUCGUCCAGUUUUCUAAAACUUGUCGUCAGGUUACAAGUUGUUCUGUUGUUGUGUCUGUGGUAAUUUAUAUUUUUAGAUGUUGCAAUAAACUUGUAUGCUACA